AUGAAACUGUGGCUGGUUUUCAUGUGUUUGUGUCUGAGAGUCGUCUCAGGAACAUUUGACCGCGUGUACGAGGAGCACGGCAUCAUGGACCCGGAGGAUGUUCUCAGUGUGAGUGUUCCCCUGGAGGGACCACAGCGCCCUCUACUGGGAGGAUCACUGGUGCUACCGUGUUACUUUGAGGACCACACAGUUCCAGACCCAGGAGCUCCCACCAUCACGCCACUCUCCCACCGCAUCAAGUGGAGCCUGGUCACUGAAGAAAAGGUCACGACCAUCCUGGUGGCGAUGGAGGGACGGGUGCUUAUCACAGACAGUUACCUGGACAGAGUUCUUCUGCUGGGAUAUCCCCAAACACCAACUGACGCCAGCAUCCAGAUCUCAGAUCUGCGGUCUAGUGACUCAGGAGCGUAUCGCUGUGAGGUCCAGCACGGCAUCGAGGAUGACCACGACCUCGUCCACCUGCAGGUCCAAGGCAUCGUGUUCCACUACCGAGGCAUCAGGGGGCGCUACAGUCUGACGUUUGACCAAGCGGCGGCCGCGUGCUCUCAGAGCAGUGCCGUGGUGGCUUCACCUGAACAGCUCCAAGCUGCGUUCGAUGGCGGUUUCCACCAAUGUGACGCCGGCUGGCUCUCUGAUCACACAGUCAGGUACCCGAUCCACGACCCUCGUGAGCAGUGCUACGGAGACAAAGAGGAGCUGCCGGGGGUCCGGACGUACGGUGUGAGGGACCUGAACGAGACCUACGACGUGUACUGCUUCUCAGAGAAGAUGACAGGCAGAGUGUUCCACACGGCCGCAGCAGAGAAGUUCAGCUUCUCUGAGGCUGUGGCGGCCUGCUCCAAUCAGGGAGCUCAGCUGGCCACCACAGGUCAGCUCCACCUGGCCUGGCAGGGAGGGAUGGACGUGUGUAACGCCGGCUGGCUGCGGGACCGGAGUGUUCGAUACCCCAUCAACAUCCGGCGGCCGCAGUGUGGAGGAGGUCUGUUGGGAGUGAGGACCGUCUACCUGCACGCUAACCAGACAGGAUACCCCCGUCCUGAAGCUCGCUACGACUGCUUCUGCUACACCGAGUCUCCUGAUGACGAAGGCUCCGGCCUCCCAGAGGAGGGCAGUGGCGUUCUGAGCGUUAGCACAGUGACGCAGCGCCCUGAGGAGUUCUUCAGGAGGACGACCACAGAGAGCGAAGCACUGGGAGAGCUGGAGACUCAGCAACCCACCGCUGUGGAUUUCACAGAAAGUCCCACAGAGCUGCCGCUGCCUCAGCCGCCCAGCGUCACCGACCUGAUAGAGGCUGUCACCGCCCGGCCCGGCGUCAGCAGAGAGCCCAGCAAAGGCUUUGUGAUGCCUCCUACUGGCGUGGUCUUCCAUUACCGCUCCGGCUCCGGUCGCUAUCGGUUCACCUUCGUUGAAGCUCAGCUGGCCUGUCAGAGCGCUGGAGCCUCCAUUGCCACAACAGAGCAGCUGCAGGCAGCAUAUGAGGCCGGUUAUCACCAGUGUGAUGCAGGAUGGUUACUGGACCAGACUGUGAGGUAUCCCAUUGUUUUCCCUCGAGAGGAGUGCGCUGGAGAUCUGGGGGAUCAACCCGGAGUUCGCUCGUACGGUCUGAGGCCCGGAGACGAGAGAUAUGAUGUUCACUGCUACGUCGACGGGCUCAAAGGUGAGGUGUUCCAUGUGGGAUCUGCUGAGGGCUUCACCUUCGCUGAGGCUUCUUCCAGCUGUCGAGAGCAGAACGCCGUGUUGGCCUCCCCUGGAGAGCUCCACGCAGCCUGGAGGAUGGGUUUGGACAAGUGCCGUGCUGGUUGGCUGCUGGAUCUGAGCGUCCGGUUUCCCAUCAACAGGCUUCGAGCCCAGUGUGGAGCAGGGAAAUCUGGAGUGCACUCUGUGUACGCUAGUCCCAACCAGACUCACUUCCCUGAAGACGCCAGAUUUGAUGCAUACUGCUUCAGAGCUGAUCUUCUACCUAUUGCAAAUGAAACUGGACUGAACAUCACAGAAAUCCAGGAGGUGCUUCUGAACCUGACGUCCAUCACUGAGUUGUUGAGGCCGGCUGUUCCCUCGGUCGCCCCUCCAGUCCCCGUGGAGUCGUCAGGCUCUGGUUCGGGUUUCGCAGACUUUGGUUCAGGGUCUGCAGUCGGAAGUGCCUCUGGCGGUCCCUCAGGAGACCUCUCUGGUUCUGGAGACCAGGUUACCUCCGGAGACCUCUCUGGUUCUGGAGACCAGGUUACCUCCGGAGACCUCUCUGGUUCUGGAAUCCAGGUUACCUCUGGAGAUCUCUCUGGAUCAGGAGACCUCUCUGGUUCUGGAAUCCAGGUUACCUCUGGAUAUCUCUCUGGGUCAGGAGACCUCUCUGGUUCUGGAAACCAGGUUACCUCUGGAGAUCUCUCUGGGUCAGGAGACCUCUCUGGUUCUGGAAAUCCGGUUGUCUCUGGAGAUCUCUCUGGUUAUGGAGACAUCUCUGGUUCUGGAGACCAGGUUGUCUCUGGAGAUCUGGCUGGAAGCGGGAGUGCAGAGCUGCCCAGUGGAGUGUCUGGUCUUUGUAGUGCAGAUGCUUCUGGAUCAGGUCUUAGUGGAGGAGAAUCUGGGAUCGCUGUGGUUUUCUCAGGAUUUGACAGUUUUGGCUCUGAAGAGGGCUCAGUUUCAGGAGGAUUCCAAGAAGCUGGAGAGGGGAGCACAGGAAUUCUGAAGUUCCCUUCAUCUGAAGUGGGCUCUGGAGUGCUCAGUGGCAGCGGGGACCUGUCUGGAUCUGGUGCUGGAUUUUUGUUCAGCUCUGGUGAAAGUGAACAAUUCUCUGGCAUGCCAUCCGGUUUCAUCACCAGUCAGGACUUUUCUGGGUUCAGCGGUUUCCCAUCAGGAUUUUCCUCUGGAAGUGGACACUCAGGAGAGCUUUCAGGAAGUGGAGAUGCUCAAGUCUCACUGAUUGAUUGUGAAUUGAUCGAUGUGUCCUCUCCGAUUACCCACAAGGAGCAUGAACUUGUUGGGGACCGGCAGGUGUUUAGUGGAUCUGGAGACAUUUCAGGUUCUGGGAUUCUCAGUGGCGAUCACAGCGGGUCUUCUUCAGGAAGUGACUCAUGGUUCUUCUCAGGCGUGACCUUGGUGGGGUCAGGGUUCACUGAGCUUUCAGUGUCAUCCUCUGGAGAGCAGGAGGCCUCUGGGUCUCUACUCUACAGCUCUGGAGAGGGAAGUGGACACUUGUCUGGGUUUGGUAGCUCAAGUUUCAUCUCUGGGUUCACUUCAGGAAUGUCUGGAUCAGGAAUGUCUGGAUCAGGAAUGUCUGGAUCAGGAAUGUCUGCAUCAGGAAUGUCUGGAUCAGGAUGGUCUGGAUCGAAGUCCUCUACCAGCGGCGAAGGCAGUGUCACAUUUGUGUCUGGAGAUUUCCUGACAGAAGCAUCUGGAGAUGCUCUGUCUCUGGAGCUGGGACAGGGGUCUGCAGUGUACAGUGGAGAAGGAAGCUGGAGCAGCAGCGGCGACGACACGUCCACAGGCACCAGCAUCUCCUCAGGAGUUUCCUCAGGAGUUUCCUCAGGAGUUUCCUCUGGAGUUUCCUCUGGAGUUUCCUCUGGAGAUCUUCCACAGGCCCUGCUGCCCUCGUCCUCGGGAUGGGGGUUAACAGACAGCACAGCAGGACCGGAGGAGGCUGAUGUAUCACAGACUCAGGAUGAAGUUCACGUGACCCAUGGUCCUGCACUCGCCCCCGCAGGACUGGCUGCUCCUCCCACCGCAGAGACACAAAGCAUUGUGGGAAAAACAGCCACGGUGGAAGGUGACCUGGACCCGUGUGAUCCGAACCCCUGUGGUGACGCUGGCUGCUCGGUGGAGGCCGGAGCUGCUCUCUGCCACCAUGAGCAGCAGUGUGAAGACGGGUGGACGAAGUUCCAGGGGAACUGUUACCUGCACCUCUCUGACAGAGAGACGUGGCUGGACGCCGAGCACCGCUGCCGGGACCGGAACGCCCACCUGGUCAGCAUCAUCACGCCAGAGGAGCAGGACUUUGUCAACGCAAACGCUCAGGACUAUCAGUGGAUCGGCCUGAAUGACAAGACGGUAGAGAAGGACUUCCGCUGGACAGACGGUUCUCCUCUGCAAUUUGAGAACUGGAGGCCGAACCAGCCGGAUAAUUACUACAACGCCGGAGAAGACUGUGUGGUGAUGAUCUGGCACGAGGGGGGGCAGUGGAACGACGUGCCCUGCAACUACCACCUGCCGUUCACCUGCAAGAAGGGUCCAGUGUCUUGUGGCGCCCCCCCGGAGGUGGACCAUGCCCACAUGUUUGGUAACAGGAAGGAGGAGUAUCCUGUGAACUCCAUCAUCCGAUAUCGAUGCGACGCAGGGUUCACACAGCGCCACCUACCGGUGGUCCACUGUAAGGCAGACGGACAGUGGGAGGAGCCUCAGGUGGAAUGUACUGACGUGAAAGCCAGAAGAAGAACCCAGAGGAGGAGCCGGAGUCCAGCAGCCGAGCUCCACUGAGGAGGAAGAAGAAGAACCCAGAGGAGGAGCCGGAGUCCAGCAGCCGAGCUCCACUGAGGAGGAAGAAGAAGAAACCAUCGUUUGGAAAGAACAUUUCAGUGAAGAGGAUUUGAACAGUAACAUUUCUGGAUGGAUGGAUAAUAUAUUUCAUUAGGGAGACAUCAUUUUAUUGUUUUGAGUAUAUUUUCAGUGUGUUGUAAUAUAUUUGUCUUUGUUGAAAUCCUUUGUGUUAUAUGAGCUGUAGAUCUGUAUCAAACAGAAUUGUGUUGGUGUAGAUCUGCUUCACGAUGUUGUGUGUUUGUUUCCUGUUUUAACAGUUUUUAUUUAACGUCAGUUCUCUGUAUUGUCUGGUUUUCACACUCAGGAUAUCAGGCCUCAUUUUGAAAACCGAGUGAAACCCUGCAGCUCAGGAAACACACGCACACGCUCUGUUCAUGUGGCUCAGAGGUGAUUCAAUAAUCAGCUGCUGAGGAUAUGAACACACCAGGAGAUUUACAUCCCAGAUCAAAGCCUUCAUGGUCAGUAGAUUGUUUGACAAUUCAAAUUAGUCCUUUAAGCACAAGAACAAACCAAAGUCCAUAUUCUGCAUUUUAGUUUAAGUAUCUCAAACUAUAAUUAGUUAUAUUAUAUUAUAUACAUUUUUAAGAA